AUGUUUCUUUUUGCAGCUGCGAAUACUCCGGGCGUCACGGUCUCUCGUUUGCUAGACUACGGCAUCCGUACCGCCGGGACAACCACCUUUUCGGCCGCCUUCCCCGUCAUCUAUGCUGAAGCGCAAGCCCUCCAAGUCCACGACAACUUCAUCGACUUCGAUGCCCCAAAUCCUACAUUCGGACAAUCGCAAGGUUAUAAAUCAAUCUCUCGUUACUUGGAUUUUUUUUGGCUCUUCCGAGUCACGCAUGCCACCCCGUCGAAAGGCAUCACAAUUGACCUCACACUCACAUAUCCCUCUGCUCCUACAGCACCCUGUAAACACAAGCCUAAUGCCGUCCGGCCACCCUCCCAGCCAGACUUAUCCUCAGCCCGAGUACAGUCAAACUCGAAUCCAUCACCCCGACCUAUGAACCCAACACGUCUCUCCUCCUUGCUUGCUCCCUUGUCUUCCAACACAUUCCGUGCUGCUGUCGAUUCAGGUACCAAACGUGAUCAUCCCCUCGCUGCGUGUGUACGAACUCUCCGAGCAACCAUCGAUCCUUCCCAGCCCUUUCGUCUCCUUCCUCGUUCUUUCGCCCUCGCCACAACAAAGUGCCCCAACCUCAAAGGAAUCGACCUCACGCUCUACUUAUGGCCCACCCACUCCCCACGCUGCCCCUCAAAAUGCUCACGGCUCCCCUCUCAGCUUCGCCCGGUAGAAGAAACCGACGAUGAGAAGACGCUCUCCAUCCUCCAUGGCACUUAG